GUGUUACUAUCUUCAUCAGUUACUCGCAGUUUUUUCGACCAGUGAAGUUCCCCCAAUCUCAAUCCAAUCAACCAUGAAGAGCGACGCCGUUGUUGAGAAAAUCAAGGCCCGUGUUGCCGGAAUCGACGCCAGCGGACCACGUAAGGUUCUGGGAGUGUUCCAGUUGAACAUCGUAGCAGCCGAUGGCACUCAUGAGCUGGUUGUAGAUCUGAAGGGUCUGAAGGUUUACGAGGGCAAGGUUGACGGUGCCGAUGUCGUGAUCAAUAUUUCGGACGAGGACUUCAUUGCCGUCGGAACUAAGUCGGUUUCGGUGCACGAUGCCGUCGAACAGGGCAAGGUGAAGAUGACUGGCGACGAAGCCCUUUUCCAGGCUCUGGUUGAUGCUAUCUAAAUUAUGCGAGAUAAGGCUUUUGAAUAAUGAUCUUACGAAUAAACGUGCCUAAGUAUUUAUUGUA